AUGCGGCUCCUCCUCCUCCUCAUCUCGUACUCGCUCGCGGCAGCAUUGCCCCUCGUCACCCUGGUCUCUGCGACCCCCAUAUACUGCUCCGACAUAAAACGAGACCUCAUCCUCAAGGGGGAUCUGCCCCCCGAGGCUUGCUGUAGCUACGGGAAGUGUUCCAAGGGCGUCGUCGUUCAGAGCGGCUAG